UGUGGCUCAGCGGCAAUUGCAUUUGUCCGUUGAUAGCAAAACGACAAUAAUUAUUAAUUCCCCUACCGUUUUCAGGAUAUACUAAAAUAAAUUCAAUGUGUUCUAUAAUAGCUUUUAUAGUGUUUGGUUUAUUUUUAGGUACUAAUGCAUAUCCCCUCGAGCGCAUUGUUGGCGGUGGAAACGUAAGCAUCGAAGACUUCCCAUACCAACUGAGUGUAAGGUUACACGACUCUCACAUCUGCGGUGGGGCUCUAAUUGCUGCCGGAUACGGCUUAUCUGCCGCACACUGUUUUAAAACAACAGCACUAUACAGUGUGAGAGCUGGUAGUGAUUUUAAAGACAGUGGGGGAACUAUAACGAACAUUACAAAAAUUUAUGUUCAUCCUGAAAGAAGUUUCUAUGAUUACGAUAUUGCCAUUUUGGUGUUUCAGAAUCCUCUAACUUUUAGCUCGACCAUUCAACCAGUAAAACUACCUACAAACAAUGUUAUUCUGGCGCCUGGAAUAAGAGGUACAAUAUCUGGAUUUGGAGAUACUUAUAAUUUGCAAAAUAAAGGCUCAAAAGUUUUGAGAGCCGCCCAAGUUUCUGUUAUUGAUUCUGAAUGGUGCGAAAACCAAUACCAAGCGUUCCAAAUAUCUGUUACUGAAAUGGUGUUUUGUGCUGGAGCCGAAAUGGGAAAAAUUACAGAUUCUUGUCAUGGAGACUCAGGAGGUCCUUUUGUAAUCGACAACGUACUCUAUGGUUUAGUUUCAUACGGAUUAGAUUGUGGCGAACCCCAAUAUCCUGGUGUCUACACAAACGUAGCAGCAUUGAGAGAAUUUAUUUGGCUCAAUACAGGAAUUUAAAAAAAUUGUGCUUGUUCUUUGAUUUUUGUGUUUGCAAGCUAGAAAUGGCUAUCAACUAAUAGAUCAGCAGGCAAGUCCUUUCUGCUGGAAAGUAUUUCGGAGUUAAUGAUAUUUUGGUAAAUAUGUCAUUUGUGGGUAGACUGUGGAGUAAAAUCUGAGUUUUCGACCUCGAGGACUAUAUGCUAGCUUGGGGAGAGUCGAAAAACCUCGAAAUUUUCGGACUUUUUCAGUUUUUUGCUUAUAUUUUCUAAGCCAUGCGUUUUUGUCAGAAUACACCUUAGUUAUAAAGUAGGGCUUUGCGAGACCACAAGACUAGUCUUGGUCUUGGUUGCAAGACCAAGACCAAGACCAGAACCUAAUAAAUCUUCUCAAGACCAAGAC